GUGGCUACUUACUAGGAAAACAAAGACAGGCGGCUGUGCGUCUACAGCUACAGAGGGCGCAGGUUUGACGAUGGACUAUCUGUACUACUCAUACAGAAAGCAAGUUAAACACUUAGAAAUAACUAUCUGACACCGACAGCUACUUAAAAAGUUUGAAUUAUAGGCGUUGGGUUUCUAUGUGAGACAUUUUUAUCAGGAAUCCACAGGUCUUACAUUCAUGAAUAUCGCCAUGAAAGAAAAGCCUCCACUUUCAAUUUAAGAGACGGCGGUUAUAAUUCACAGUCUGGAUGUUUCGGAAGACUCAAUCUGAGACGCCGCCCUAUUAUUAGAGUUCCCAGGAUGGCAACUCAAGCGAGGGUUGCGUUGCAUUUAUUGUUGCUUUACUUAUUUGCUGUGCAGGACGGCAUUCUGGUUUGUGUAGAUGUGCCAUCGGAGACAGAGGCUGUCAAAGGGGGUUUUAUGAAGUUGACCUGCAUCUUCUGCAUGAAACGAGAGGAGAUCAAUGCCUGGACCACAGUGGAUUGGUACUACAUCGGUGCAGAUAAAAGCAGCGUGCUUAUUUUUCAGUACAAUGGUGAGCCGCGUGAGCCGAAGAACUUAAAGGACUAUUGGAGGGGUCGUCUGGUGUGGAACGGCAGCAAGGACAUGCAGGAUAUUUCUAUCGGCAUUCAAAAUGUCAGUUUAAAUGACACUGGCACUUAUGAAUGCAAGGCGUUCCGCCUAUAUAAGUAUGAGUCAUUCACACUGUUUGGCAAUAAGACGAUUACCAUCGAUCUACAUGUUAAAGAAACUGCUUACUUAUUGGAAGGCACUACUACAGAUAUCACGGCCCUGUAUUCAGAGAUCAUGAUGUAUGUUCUCCUGGUGUUCCUCACUUUCUGGUUGCUGGUGGAGAUGAUCUACUGCUACAGGAAGAUCUCCAAAUCCGAUGAGCAGGCGCAGGAUAACGCGACAGACUACUUAGCCAUUCCUUCUGAAAAUAAAGAAAACCCGGGCCCUGCCGUAACGGAAUAAAAGUCUCACGCCAUUACGUUACUGACGAGUCUCAAAAGUCUGAAAUCUGAAAAUGGAGAACAGGAGCUGAUCUAAUUCACAGACUGCCAGAGAAACCUGCCAAAUGAAAUCCCCUUUGUCUUGACCGUGUGUUGUCUGAAAGCAACUCUCAAUUGGUUCAUUAUCUUCUGCUGUCUCAAUGGAGGUCAGCUGUAACACGCCCAGUCUCAGACUGAUGAAGACAUGUACUCUAUGUAUCUGUUCUCAAAUUUUGCCUUAGCAGAGACACGAAUACAGCAAACCAGAACUCAAGAGCUGUCAGACUGCCUAUGUACGCACUUUUCUUAAUCCUAAUUGUCAAAAGAAGCCUUUUCCUUUUUGGUAUAUACUGUUUUAACUCUUUUGAUAGAUAUAGAUAAUAAGCCUGGAUUCUGCUUAGACUAGGUAUAUUUAUUGUGUUUUCUAUAUAAUGAAUCUCAUUCUAGGUUUUUUAUUAUUUUUUAUCUUUCUAAAAGCUUUUACGUCCCUUGACUUUGCCACUUUGGAAUAAAUCGUAUGUAAAAGUGUCAAAGCAAUUAAACAACGUUAAUGAGGUCAUACUGUACUGUGUAUAGCAGUGAGUGCUUUUUGUGUGAUUGGAAGGAAAGUUGUGAUCCGUGUUUACAGUCGGUCAUCGCAGACAUUUGCAUUUUUAAUUUAAUGCAAGUACAUUUAGACCCUUGAGAUUUGCACAUUACAAAAACCGCUAGACUGAAUGGCAUUAUUUAUUACAUUAUUUAAAGUAAUGUUUUAAGUCAUCUUUAUACUAUUUAAACUUUUAAACUGU